AUGGCCGCUGCAACGUGGAUUACGAGAGUAGCAAAACGAACAACGUUUUUCCGCCCAAGGGAAACUAAAAAAUUACUCCAGCUGGGGGCAAUGCCUGAUGCACGUAGAGAGUUCAGAGUAAGUUCAAUUGAAUUAUUGUUGCUGUUGUUGCGUGUCUCAGUUUUUGGAUGUUAAUUACUCGUUAACUGUCGUUGCAGUUGUAUUCAACAGUUUCUGAAAAAGUACCUAAACAUGAAUUUCAAGAAAAGCCGAGAUUUCCUGGCGCUGCGAAUGCGCAUUAUACCGAGAAAAUGGAUUUUGUUAAUCCCGAUGAUGGUCAAAUUAUCCCAGUGUAUAGAGUCAUGGAUCUUAAUGGAAAAGUCUUGAAUGAAUCACACGAUCCUAAGGUACCAUGAUCAAAUAAUUAUAAGAUUAAGUGAACUUUGAACUGUAACUGUUAUUUACUAGUGAAAAUGUAAUGUACGUAUUCAAAAACUUUUGACCCCUGUAUCUGGAGACAAAAAGUCGGCUUUGAGGAAACUUACCCGAUACGCAAGUACGUACCUGAAAAAUGUGGUGGCUUUAAAAAGAAGUGCCACAAUCUAUAAGGAACGGUCAUAAUUUGUUGAAACACUUUCGAAAAACACAAAAUGCACCAUUAGAAGUCUUUGUGGGGUACACGUAUUGCCGGCUUUCCUCAUCUCCCCAAUGUUUGUUUCAAGGGUUUUCUUGGGCAUAAAUGCUUUCGAAAUCAACAUUGUAGGCCGGAAAAGGGGGGAAGGGGGGCAAAAUUCGUUAGAUUCAACGAUUAAGACCAGGAAAGAAGCCGCUUUCAGAGCCAGUUUAACUCCUAAAAUGAAUGCAUCAUUUAUUCAUCCAUUCUUGGAUCACUGUUUCCCUGCAUGAUUGGUUUUGUUGCGCACGAAAAGGGAACGUUCUCAUAGAAUAAAACCUGAUAGACUAGAGAAAGUUCAUUAUCAGUGUUUCUUAAGGUGACAUGUUUGAGAGGCACAAUUAAUCGUGCUCUAAUCGUGCUCGAGGGCUCGAGUCCCGCUUUACCUAAGUAAAUCUCGAACAACGUUCUGAAGAUCGUGGUCACGCGAUAGUAGUAUGCAGUUUGCAUGGGUUUCCCUAUUACCACGAAUCCACCAACUUGAUCUCGUUAUGGAUUAUUAUUGAUUGGUAUUAUUCUUGUCUGUGUUUUUCCCUAGCUGAAGAAAGAAACCGUACAAGAUAUGUACAAAAAGAUGAUCCUUUUUAAUACAAUGGAGCGUAUCCUUUAUGAGGCACAACGACAAGUAUGUUUAAUCCGAAUCCAUAUUACAUGGCCGCGCGAAGAUAUGAAAUUUCUCUUCGAGUGCGAACGAGUGAAAUAUUAUUUAAAACCGGAGAAGAGAAACUUCGUAUCUCCAAGCGGUCAUGUAAUGUAACGGCGAUCUUUUCAGGCGUGAAGAAAUCGUCUUUUGUCGGGAAAGCUUGCCUGGUAUUUCAUGGGUGUUUAUAUAAUAAAUAUAUAUAUUGUAGGCGAUUGGCUUCCUUUCAAAAUAUCAGAAACUAAAACAUAUAAUCAUUAGAAUUUUACCGACGCCCGGUUUGCUCGUUGGUAGAGUGCCGGUCUGCUGAAUAUGAGGCCGUGAGCUCGAACCCCAGCAGGAGCACCAAAAGGUCUUUAAGAAAAUUAGUAAUAACCAAUGGUUAGAGAGUGCCGGCGACAACGAUCGGAGGUCCAAAACGCUCUUGCUCGAGCGCUGUGCUUUGCGUAAGUUUGCACGUGACAGAUGAUAAAAACACGUGUGAUCAGAUUACGAUUGACAGAAGGUCCAAACGCGCCUGAUCAAAAUGCGUUCUGUGUGCAUUCCAUUCAUUCAUAGUUGGAGUCCAAACGAAUACAUGGGACGCAUGCGUAAUAGCAACCUGGAGAUUAGGAUUGCGGGCUCCUCCUUCGCCCGCAAAAACUGGUAAGACUAUGCUAGCCGCGAUUAAAACGCUUUUUUGAGCUCAGAUGAUAGUGUCAUUGCCCGGUAGCGUGAAACCAUUGGCGUUGACUCCUUUAAAUAACCAUGCACAUCAGCUGCAAGGAAAAUGUAAAAGAAUCCUUGACACUGUUCGGAAAGUGUUGGGGACCUAGGCCCCGGUGUUAUGGUCUAUCCGACUUGUCCCGUCAUCAUCACUUGUCUGUGUGGGCGAGGUGCGGGCCCUGAGGGGAUCAAACAGGAACCGGCUUAAGCGGGUGCAGAAUGCGUCUUUAAACACACUGUCGUCUAAUCUCACCUCUCUAGUUCCUAUGCUAUUCAGCCACUGGCUGGAAAGAGAGGAACACCGGCACCAUUUGCGUUUCCAUUUCACAGGGACGGAUAUCAUUUUACAUGACAAAUUAUGGUGAAGAAGGCACUCAUUUUGGUAGCGCGGCUGCUCUGUUGCCUGAAGAUGUAAUAUUCGCCCAGUACCGUGAGGCUGGUGUGCUGAUGUCAAGAGGCUUCACAAUAGACGAAUACAUGAGCCAGUGCUUUUCUAAUCGGAAUGAUAAUAGAAAAGGACGACAAAUGCCCGUUCAUUAUGGUUCUAAAGAUCUUAACUUUGUUACUAUUUCAUCCCCCCUUGCUACUCAGAUGCCACAAGGUUAGUUCGUCGUUAGUAGGUGUUAACUGUGUUAUGUUAAAGUUACCUUUGAAUUUCAAACAUCAGAUUGUAGAUUACUAGUAACAACAGUAUGACGCAAGUUAAGGUUAAGAGAUACCUGAAAUUAAAUUAGAUUAGUCUGUGUACAGCCGCCCCUUAAAUGAGGUCCACGUUUAUUUAAGUAAUCACCACGUGAUUACAUGUUUUGUGUCAUAGGGCAUGACAAAACUUGUAAUACGAGCGCGAAUAUAAAGUAGAACCUCGGAUAACUCGAACUCCCUACUAACUCGAAGUAAGUCCAAUUUCCCUUGGAUUUCACCCUACUUUUCAGUCAUAUUUACUUGGAUGACUCGAAUUCCCUUCUAGCUUGAACUAAUUCAUUCCCUUGAUUCACUGAAAUUUACCCCGAUAACUCGAAUUCUGGUUCUUGUAACUCCACUCGGGUGCCAUCCAAUUAGCGCUUCUUUUUGUCAAAUCAGUAAAAACACUUAAAGUAACACUGGUCAACACUACAUAAAUUUGAUUUUAAUUGGUGCAAUGAACAGAUCACAUUUUAUCAUUAAAAUACUGCCCAAUUCAAUUGGGAUUUUAAUUUAUUCACUUUAUUUCAUCAGAAACGGUAACAUUAUUAUUAUGUCACCGUUUCUGAUAAAAUAAAGUGAUUUUAUUAACUUAACCCGUGAGCUACUACUAUGCACUAUACUAUACUAUACACUAUUACGCACUAAUCCCAUUGUCUUCUUUUGUUUACUACUUGCUUUUUUGCACUACUUAUUAGUAUCUGUUUCAUGGUUCAAGUAAAAUCACUCUAUAUUAAUUUACCAUAGCCCACUUUUGUUAUAUUAGAAUUUUGUCAUGACUCCGAGGCUUUCUGGGCAUUUUUCUAUAUUUGGUUUGGUUUUCUUUAUGCUCAAAUCUCUUCUGGGAAUUGCGACACAAUGGAGUGAUGACAAAUUUGCAAUUUCGACCCUAAAGCCUCGGAGUCAUGACAAAAUUCUAAUAUAACAAAAGUGGGCUAUGGUAAAUUUUCCAAAUCUCCCCCAUCAUCCCCGGCCUAUGUUAGGUAAUCCAAGACAAACUUGGAUUCUGGAUUCCACGAUCGAGCUGUUGAUUCCGGGUUCAUUAUCAUAUGAAGUUGGGUUCGCGAUUGGAUUCCUUUAGAUGAAUUGCGGAUUCCAAAGCCCACGAUUCCAGAUUCCACAUGCAAAAAAAAUUACUUUACAUGCGGCAACUCUGACAAUAUCUUUCUGAUUCAGCAACUGGAUAUGCCUAUGCAAUGAAAAGAGCAGGCACUGGAAAUUGUGUCAUCUGUUACUUUGGUGAAGGAACCGCAAGCGAAGGAGAUGCCCAUGCAGCAUUCAAUUUUGCUGCAACUCUGGAAGCACCUGUUGUUUUCUUCUGGUAAACUUUUAACAUUGCUAUAGUUAAAAAGCUUACACAUAACUUGAGUUGUGAAUUAAAUUUUGGUUAUCUCAAUAUGGACUAUGCAGUUUUGUAGUCCCGGGCGUGUCACCGACAGGCUUCCUCAGUUUGUUGAGGAGAGACCGGGUUCAAUUUUCGGCGGAACAAACACUCAGGGCCUUAACUGAAAUGAUUGAUGAAGAAUGUGUUGCCUGACCCUACGCGGGCGAAAUGCGGAUGGGUUAAUAUUCUAGUGUCCUUACACAAGGACUAAAAACAAUAGGUUCCCUUUUAAAUCACCCUCAGUGAUUUGGCCUUUGUGGGAAGUAAUAUGACCCAUUUUACUGUUCAUAAAGAGUGCAGGACGUAGACUACGGUGGUGACCAGCCUUUUAUGAGAACAUGGCAAGAAAAUAAAAUUGAGAUGAGUUGAGUUGAGUUGAUUCAUUGAUCUGCAACCUUCAGAUUUCUUCCGCGCACUGUUCACAACCUCUUUGACAAACUGACUUUGCAUAUUGGUUAGAAUGUUGGAGUUAAAUUCAAAAUGAACUUAUAGCACCCAUCAUUUAUCUUACCGAGCUUGUAAGGCAAUAAACAGUCUCACCUUUCAGGCCACGUUUAAACACUUUGGUCUUUUGUGUUUUAUCUUUUUUAUUGAAUUGUCUUCACUGAGCAGCAUUUCUCUUUGUAUCAACAGUCGUAACAAUGGCUAUGCAAUAUCUACUCCUACGGAUGAGCAAUACAGAGGAGAUGGAAUAGGUUAGUGAACCUUACGCUAGAAGUACAAAAGUAAAAGGUCACUGUAGGUUUUUGGAACGAUCGUGUUGUGCAAAUUUGUGGGUGGAAAUCUUAAGCCAGAAUUUUAGGUGUCUGUCAUCUUCGACUGCGGAAUCUAAUGACAAGUGUUCGUUUGAUACAAGAAUGUAACAAUAGACAUGACCACUGCAUCCACUUUUUAGGAAUCUGCGUCCGCUUAAUAGAGGUGCCCCUUUAUAAAGUAAAUAAGGAGAAUAAAUGGAUUGCUCAAUAGAGGGUGAACGUUUAAUACAGAUUUCACUGUGUUCACAUUAACCUUUUACCUCCAAGAGUUGACAAAGUAAACAUUUCAGGAAUUUCAAAUUUCAUCUUGUAUAAUGACGGAAAAAAUACUGUCAUUUGAAUGGUCACACCAUGGAUUUCGUCCAAAGACUCAAAAGUUGGAACCACCUUAUAAUACUCAAUCAUUCACUCUGGGAGUGAAAAGGAAAGAGUAAUUUAAAAGAUUGCGGCAAACAUCACAUUCCAGUGUUUCAUGAGCUAUAAAGUAGCUUGCUAGCAAGCCCUCAGGGGCGCUCUGGCGGUGGGGCGGGAAAAAAGAAGGAGAACUUGCAACUAUGUCUCUGGAAUUUGAAUAGCUGUAGCCUACGUGUAGUGGCACCCUCCCCCCGACGAAGGAAAAACGGGGGAGGCGGAGGGUGCGGCUACACGUAGGCUAGAAUAGCUGCAACGAAAAGGUCGAUGCGAAAUGCUGAUUGGCGGAGAUGACAUUAGUCAUGACAUCAUUACCCUUGGAAGGUGUUUUUCAAUGUUUGUUUACAUUCGCGCUCGUUUCCGCUUCGCGCUCAGUCGAUGGGGGGCCACAGGAGAAUUGGAGGUAGAAUUCAAAUUCCAGAGACGUAGUUGCAUGGUCUCCUUCCUUUUCCUGCCCUGCCGCCAGAGCGCCCCUGAGAGCUAACUCGCAGGCUAGCUGUAAGGUGUAUUAGUCUGCAGGAUAAGCAUAUUGUAUUCUUUAUUUUAAGCUGGGCGUGGCAGGGGCUAUGGGAUGAUGACAAUUCGUGUGGAUGGCAAUGAUGUCUUCGCAGUUUAUAACGUCACCAAAGCAGCACGUGAUGUUGCAGUAAAUCAAGAAAGACCUAUUUUAAUUGAGGCCAUGACUUACAGGUAA